AUGUGCGAUCUAGCUGCGGACUAUUACGAAAAUUUCUUUAAAAGUCCUGAUAAUAUAUAUCAUCCUCACCCAUAUACAGAUGCACCAGAUGUCGAAUGGGAAAACUAUCUCGAAAUAAUUCCUCCAGCAACGGUAGAAGAAGUAGUUGAUGUUAUAAUUAUUGAUAUUGGUAAAAAAGUUGAUCCACGGAUUAGAGGUGAUCAAUUAAAUGUGCAGCGAAAUUUACAAGAACCAGCAUCAUACGUUGGUCAACACCAUUCUAUUGUCCCUUUACUUGAUGAGAAUUUAUUAGUAAGAAAUUCUCAUCAAAUAUUAUUACCUAUUGAAGAACGAGCUUAUAUUCAUUCUUCAGUGUAA